CCAACCAUUUCGCCCAUGAGCAAUUGUUUGAACGAAUGUGACUGUUUUUAGGGAAAUACUGCUACAAAUUGAUAACAUGGCAGAGACAAUGACUCGACCAACACUUCUGACGCUCCCAGCCGAAAUUCGCGAAGAGAUCUACAAGUUUAUAUUUAAUCCGGCCUCGAAUCGGACCGAGUUGGAAAAUGAAUACUGGCAAUACGAUUUUGCUCCAGCCUUGCAGAUCUUGCUUGCGAAUCGACAGAUAUAUCUCGAAGCGCGUAAAGUGUUCCGCGACCUCAAUGUCUUUAUUCGAAUCGACACACCUGGAGAGAUGGCAAUGCAGCAUGUGGCAGAAGAAGGCCACGUACCGAUCGUAGUAUCUAGCAAGCACGCCCAGACGUUCAGCAUCCACAGCCUCCAAGUUUGCAUCAGUUCGCCGGAUAUUGACGUCCUGGCGAGAAGUCAACAGGUUUUCAUCAUUCAUCUUGAUGACCUGGAGAAAUUCGCCCUCAUAUGGAAAUAUGCCGAUCUGAGCUUUGAAGGUCUAAACCAGCACCUCCAGAUCGCGCUUACUCUCCGUCAUCCGGCUACAGGUCAAGAGAGCGAUCGUCAGGAUAUAUAUGGUAGUGGUCCGUCCAAAACGCUUUCUGUUGCUCUUCAACGGCGCCUGAUCUUGCCAUUUGGCAAAGUGAAGCGCCUCCAUAAGACCGAAUUUAACGGCAGCCACGAGCCUGCCCAUGGCCUCGAGGACGCUUUGCGAGCUGCGCAAGCCACGCCUCAUCCUCGUCCCGAAGCCUGUCUAGCGGAGGCGACUAAGUUCAAGCAAGCUGGAAAUACAUUACUGACUGGCGGCAACCCACGAGCCGCGCUCGAACAAUACGUUCACGCCUGGCGAGCAAUACACAUCGCGAUCCACGGACGGCUAAGACACGUUCACGCCGACCGGUUCUUCAUCGGAGCACUAUCUGAAGCCCCCUACGCCGGCCUCGACGGACAAGUCGAGCGGUUACGUCUGCGGGUGCAACUCGUGGCGAACACCUGCCUCGCGUAUCUCCUGCUACAGGAGUAUAGCGAGUGCAUUUUCUGGGGGAUGCGGACGAUCAACACGCUCCGGAAUGCCCGAGGCGAUAUCCCCGACGACCCGAAUAUCUGGCUGAAUGUUCCCCCUGAGCAGGAGGCUUUCAUGCAGUUCCCGGCAGCGGAUCAAAUGGGCAAAAUUUACUAUCGCACCGGCAUGGCGAUGAAGGAACUGGGAGAGGAUGAGUCGCAGGCGAGGAGGCUGUUGAAGGUGGCGGGCGUCUAUUUGCCGAGGGACGAGAACGUGAAGAAGGCCAUUCAGGAAUCCGCUCUGAAGCUGGGGUGAGUGCUUUGCGAAGAGGAUGGGUAUAACGGUUGAAUCAAGCUUUAAAAUUUGGCGAAAUGAAGGGAUCGUGAUCGCGUUCAGGUGGAGACUGCGUUUGCUUGUAAUUGGGUAUGCUUCUUGUACUACUAUUAUCGUUUUGAUCAGGCGGUCAAAUCUUCUAGAUAUACCCGGUUCGUCGGCCUGCACACCGUUUUCAAGGCUCAUUUUUGCAUGUGAUUCUAGUAAAUAUAUCAAUGAGAAUCUCCAUCGACU